AUGAACGGUGAAAACAUUUGGCUUAGAUGGAUGAAUAAAGGAAGGCAGUUUGUUGCAACUAAACGACGGUAGUCCUCAUAGUCCUGUGACUGUCUUGUGCUAGAUCAUGGGCUAAAAGUUAGGGAAGGGAAAACAGCAUGGAUGGGCAGAAGACACGGUCAUUCUUUUGAAGAAGUGGGAACCUGUAACUAAAUGUUACAGUGCAUCCCCAGCCUCCAACAGGAGUGUUCCUACGUAGGGCUCCAACCAGUCUGGAACAGGGAGCCUUGCAGCGCUUUUUAGCACUUGCAGAUGACCUCUUUUUUUCUCCCUACCCACUUGAAAUCUUCCGCUCCUGUGCAAUAGGGCUGAGGAUUGUGACCGAAUGACAGCGCUGAACCCAAGUUCUUUGUUUCUAUAUGCUGGGGGUGGCAUAGUGCUUUUAAAUUAAUGCCACACACCUCCCUGGUUCUAAUUGCUCACCUCAGGGUACUGUAAACUGUUAUGACCACAAUUCUUCCACAUAUAAUAAUAUGAUAUACAUUUAACACAUAAUCUGAAUGCCUUCAACCAUACAUGGCCAACAGCUAUCCUCCAGUUUUAAUUUAGGAAAGUCAGGUAUCUUUGCAGUUAGAAAAUUUUGUACAUAUUCUAGGGGCUGCUGCAUACCCUGCAAAUGUUCUGAUUUUCCAGGGACAGAUCCAGAAUUAUGAAAGCCAUCCCAGCUUCUGAUUUGAGUGCAGAACGUUCCUAUUUCCCCUGCCAGUGCUGCUGCCAUGAAGCUUGGGAGCAGAAUGAGCCGGUGCUUGUCUCGAGUGGUGGUGGCUGAGUGGGAGCAUCCCAUGGCCUCUCCAUGGCCACUGCUGCUGAGCUCCUUCCUUGGGCAGCUCGUAGUGGCUGCUGGAGAGCGGGUGAGGAGGAGGCCAGGUUGCCUCCACUGGGGCCCAGCCCCAGGUGAGGCGCUGGCUCUGAGGGGCAGGCAGAGGGUAGGGCAGUACUAGGUGGGAAGAAAGGAGGAACAGAGCAGAACGCAAGGAGUUUUGACUUUUUUUUAUAAAAAAAAUGCUUUGUGCCUCUGCAUCUAAUCUUCCCCUUUUCUAAUAUUUAUUUAUUGGGGUGUAUUUUUUUCUUUUUGUAAAUCUACAAAAGAAUAAAAUAAAUUUGGGGUUAAGGGGUUUUCUCAGAAUGGUGGAGGGUGUGUGUGCUGUGUUUUAUUGGUGAAGUGGUAGUGGCACUUGCCAUUCUUCUGAUAGGAAAUGCUCUGGGGGGGGGGGACACAGAAAUGGGGCGUUGAGUGUGUAAAGACAAAAGAAGUAAUUAUAAUUUAAUUACUUUAAUUAGUUUUCAUGUUAUUCUAUUUUAUUGAAGCAACUAGAAAAAAAUAUUAUGAUGGGAAGAUCUCACACAGGUGAAGGGAAGCAGUGGGGAGGAGGGGAGGGUUAGGUUGAAUUUGGGAAAUAAAAUAAUAUAUGGGACAGCAAAGGAUAUAAUAGAUUCUUAUAGAAUAGUAAUAUAUUGUAACCAGAAUAGAAGUUCAAAAGGGGAAGUAAAUGUAUUUUUAUUAUUUUCAUUAUUUCUUAUCGGUAGAAUGCAAUGUUAAUUUAGGCUUCUUCGUUUUGCUGUCUGUAUAAUUUUCUUAAGCCAAUAACAAAUAUAAAAAAUAAAAAGAAAUGGGGGGUUGAGGAGGAUCAUCUGGGGGAAGUGAGAAAUGUCCCUCUUUUCAUCUGAGAAAUGUUGGAGGAUAUGCUGCUGUUCCUGCUCGCCAACCCCACCUAUGCCUUUGUCCUUACCCUCCACCUAACCAAAUCACCCCCCUUUACACCUCAUCCACCCCCUCAACAUAUGCCACCUUGCUGCACACACAUUUGAUGGAGGCAGGAGGUGCUCCCCCUCCGUUAAACAGUUCGCCUGGGCCUGCCUGCUAUUCCUCAUGCUGCAGUUGCCGUGGCCUCCUAUUGGCCAUGCAAAUGGCAGAAUGUGAUGACACCUACAUUUUUAUGUAUAUAGCAAGACAUACACACAUGCAUAUGUAAAUACAGCAAAUCAAAUUGGUUUAGGCUACAAUCCUAUACCACUUAUCUAGGAGCAAGCCCCAGUGAAUUCAAUGGGAUUUGCUUCUGAGUUGGCAUGCAUAGGAUUAUUCUUUAAAUCUGCUAUAUUUAAACAGCAUGGAGAAGAAGGGGAAAACUUCUGAUUCUUAAGAAUGGGAGUCUAAUUUUAGCCAGGUCCAUUGUGAGGUAAGUGUGUGCAUGACUCAGAAAUGAUUGUGUGAUGUUACAUAACCCACUGUAUGUGUUGUAUUUCUUAAGCACACACUGCUAGAAAGGAAGAUGGUGUUUUUGCAUCCUCUUGCUUGCCCAUAAGUAUGCUGGAACGUUCAUUUCAAGAAAGACCCUUUAUGCCAGUCAAAAUGUAUUAAAAGAAAAAAAUAAUUAAAAAUAGCAGUGGGUUAGUUAUGUAAUGUGAUUAAUUGCAGUAGUAGGGUGGAAAAAACCACCAUAGGCCUUAAACAUUCACAUGCAAAGUCAUGUGUAGGAGUGAGAGAAGAGGUUGAAAUGCACAAAUUAUCUGUUUCAUUACAUACAUUUCACGGGACAUUGAUUUAUUCCUUGUAUAAUUUAAUCAGCAUAUGGAGAAAUUAGAUAAGUCUAUGUGAUGCUAAAGCAAGCAGGAGAAACUAGUUCAAGACACAGAAGCAAAUAAAAUCCAUGGAACUUUGAAACUCAAGGUACAUUCUAAAUGUUAUAAAGUCCCUUUGCAGAUGUCAGUAGCAAAAUAACCUGCCUGCUCAUCUUGUGCAUCCCGUGGUAUUUGCAUGCCUUGCCCUGAAAAAGAAAUGUGCAUUUUUUUUUGUCUACUGAGCCCACAUUUCUAUAGAAAUGGAAGGCUUGCUGUAAUAACCUCUUAGAACAUUUACAAUCCAAGUAACAGAAAUUCCGGGAUUUUUCUUUGCAAAUAUGUUUAUCAAAGAAGAACUAAAGACACUCAGUGGAACUUUGUCUACUCAGAAAUCUUAUUUAAUCCAAUGGAAGUUUAUUCCCAGGUAAAUGGGGGAUUGUAGCGCCAGCCUACAUUGUUUCUUCUGUCAUUGGCUGCCACAAAACAGUGAGUAUUGAUAAAAGACCAGAGCUGAAGGUGUGGAAUGUCUAACAGCGCUGUGCCCAAUUUUGUUAUCCAGCAGUCUUGCAGAAGAAUGUUACAUCCUGGAAGCUUUACCAGGGCACAUGACAAUGAUAGCUUUUAUCAAUACGUCAAUAUUUCUGACAGUGCUUCUUGUCACUAUGACAUCCUUGCAUGACUUGUGGUGUGAGUGCUGUGCCACAACUCAUUAUUAUUAUUAUUAUUAUUUUGUUCUGUAGUUGUAACUAGCCAUACCAUAAACCAUUACUUGCCAAGCACUAGCUGCUAGAAUCAGACCAUAAAAAAGGUGCAGCAAAGUGUGUCAAGCUCAAGCUUAUAGAGAUAUCAUUAAAGCUUCCCCUCAGCUACUUCUCUACAGAGCAGUUGCAGUUUCAUAAAUAAUAGCGGUCUAAUGAGACUUUGGUGAGAUAUUUUUCUUCCAAUAUUUUUCUAGUCUAUGCUCAGCAAGGGUUAUAGUUUAAUUAAAGGAUGUCAGAAGAAAAGGAAGCUGCCCCUGAGAUAAUCACUGCCUGUUGUUAGAUAAGUACUGAGGUGAAGACAAGCAAAAAGGGCUAUCAUGAAAACGAUAAAUUAUGGAGGAGAGGGGAUGGCUGAUGGUUCAAAAAUACAACUGACUUUUUUUCCUUUUAAUUUAUAAAGGAUGCACCAGCACUGCUCUCUGAGUUGCCCUGUGCAGAUGGUCUCCAAGUGGGAACGAUCAGCUCCAUGCUGCUCUUGGGAAGGAUGUUUACCUUUCAAACAAAUGCCUCUAACACUCAUUUCAACACUGAAGAAUCUGUUACUCUUGCACAAGCUUUUAAUACUGGUAUCCUUUCCUUGUGGUAUGACUUUUAAUAUUCUAAUCAAGAUCUUAAAAUGUUGUAAAUUACCAAAUGAGUCCAUGUACAUUUAAUUACAAAAGGUCAACCAGUAACUAAAUUUGCAUGUGACAUCUAUUUGCAUGCUAAAUUUCAAAUACAAAAAUUAGGGUUUCAGAAUUUUAAUGACCAUAAGUGUUCAAGUAAAAGGGAAGAUAGAAGUGAAAUAAAAAUGUAUGCAACACUGAUAGCAUCUUUAUUAUUCCUCCUCUGAGUUAAGCCUGUACACAAAUUACCAAAUCUUUCUCUCUUUACUGAAGCACUGUCAAGACAUUUGAGUUGUAAUUAAGCAGAUAUAGGAUAGGGUUAAUUCAAAAUAUCAUCUAUAUUUAGUGGACAAUUUAUUUUAUUGGUUUCAGGGAUGCCAACACACAAAAAAGACUCUAAAUAUGUGCAGUUUCACAGCUUUGGUGUCUGA